AUGUGGGAGAAGAGCGAUUUUCUCUUGCUGUGUUUCAGUGUGACAGUAGUAAUAACAAUUGUGGGAACUGCGCCGUUAGAAUGGAUGCGACCUGAUAAUUUUGAUUUGAUAAACGACAAAUUUUCGUCGGUAAAUUCCCAAAAUUGUCGGGCAAAGGCUGAAAGUGAACUCAGGUUACCUGAUGAAAGUGUUGCUCAAAUUCCACGUUAUAAUAUGUUAUUGAGUACGAUUAUUUAUAGAAAUAGAUCUUCAUUGUUACAUCUACAUAAUAUGGCUCUAAAUAGAGCAUUUUUCUACAGUUUCGUAUAUCAAAAACUGAAUCAAACGUGGGACUUUGAAACACAACCAGGAUUGAGUUAUAUAUACAUGUCGGCUGCUGCUGAUGUUUCUGCCAGUCCGGGGUGGAUUAACGGAUCAGCUUUGUAUUUUGACUACAAUUGUAGUUAUCCUAAUUGGUACAGAUCUUCUGUACCGUUUAAUAACACCCUUCCUCUAUUUGGUCCGAGAGCCUGGCGAGCUGAUGAUUAUAAUGAAGCCACAAAUCUACUGAGAGAGCCUACAAAUAGAACAAUAGAUAUACACGACUAUGGUGCUGGUAGAAUGUUUAAUUAUACCAGUACUAAUUAUAAAUAUAACCCCUGGUAUGAUCCCUGGUUACCCGAUAAAACCGGAGAAACAGAUUCAUUAAGAAAGUUUACUUAUAUGGUGGGAAUAAGGACCUCUAAUUCUACUGGUGUGUUUGUUAGGGAAGAUUUUGAAUCAAAUACGUUUUUUGGUCCACCGCAGCCUGGUCAACAGGAUAAAGAAGAUUAUCUGCCUGUACGAUUCACAGCACCUUAUUUUGACUGUGAUAGAUCCAAUAGAUGGAUUGUUAGUGCCACAUCUCCGGUUGUUGAAUACAUGCCAAGAUAUUCAGUAUGGUUACAUCUUCGACGAGCCAGAUUCGUAGCUGUUUCAUCCAUGGAUAUAGAAUUUGAAAGAAUUGAUAUGAAUCAGUGUCCCAUUGCAGAAGGAAAUCCCGAGCCUAAUAUGUUUGCUGGUACAGCUCGUUGUCGACCAACUACUUUGUGUGAACCAUUGUCUGGUUUUGGAUUCAGAAGAGGUGGUUACCAAUGUGCCUGCAUGCCUGGCUACUAUUUUCCUUGGUAUCAUGAUGGUCCAUUCCUUGGUCUGGAGAUUGAAGAGGCUACACGAGAAGAGUAUGAAGGUGGUGGAUUUGACUGUAUCGCUGAUCAAUUCCUGAACACGUUACCAUUGAAUUACAGUCCACGCUUGAACAAGCGACAAAAACGACGACUCAUAUCAUCCUUGAAACAUGUUCGUGAUGAACAGGAACGAGAAAAGAGAACGCCUAAACCCAAAGUGAAAAUGACACAUAUUAUGGAGAGAAAGUAUCAAACAAACAAAGAGAACUGUCAUGGUAAAUUGCCAAAUGAACUUUUCCUUCCUGGUGAUGUUGGCUAUGGUGUUGAUGAACAGUUUGAAGGUCAAGGACGAACGGCCUUGCGCCUGGCUCACUUCCUCAGUAAUUUCCUCCAGAAUAUUGACGAAUAUGAAGAGUUUGGUGAUUUAAAAGGUGACCGAAGGUUAAAUGAAACCCAGAUAUUUUCUGAGGUUAUCGCCAACGUUAUGAGUGACUUUAGACUUUUGGGAAGUGGUGUAUUUUUUGAUAGAUACCAAUUUAGAAUGUCCCCACCAGUAAACAACACCGAUCCUAGGUUUAUUGAUGGCAUCACCAGAGAGUUUUUUGGUCCAUACGCCUGGAGAGAACAAGUUAAACAAGAUGGUGGUUUGGAUCAAUUUAAAGCCAUUGAUUUCGCAGGAUAUGAACAAUUCUACACAGACCAUCAAUGGUUCAGGAACAUGAAAGCUAGAUGGGCAACCAAUGUACACGGUUUGAAAAAAUAUACGGCUAAACCUAUGAUACGUAAUGAUAAAAAGGGAACAAGUUUGAUUAGAUUUGAAUAUUAUCCGAUCACCUAUAGAGCACCUGAUUAUAAAGAUGGAGAAUGGUUAAGACCACAGUAUAAAUGUGAUGGUAAAGUUUAUGAUUGGGUUUCAACAUACGUUGUACCAUUCUUUGGUAAAAACAGCUUGAAGACCAAAAUUGAGUUCAAGGGUGUCGUAACUGUAGACGUAAAAUUAGAUUAUUUAGAUAUCAACCAAUGUCCAUCAGAAUUCCAUGUACCAAAUGCUUUUAAAAAUACGGCCAGAUGUCACUAUAAAUCCCAAUAUUGUGUACCAUUACAAGGAAAAAGGUUUGACAGAGGUGGAUAUAAAUGUGUAUGUAGACAAGGUUAUGAAUAUACCUUUAAUGAUCUCAAUUGGUACUUUGAUGGUCAAACGAUGGAAGAAGAGUAUAAAAAGUUAAAGAGAAACGAACCAAACAGAUUCGAAACGUUGAAAUGUAGAAUUGCAGGAGCUUCAAGUGUGAUGUUAAAUCUCUACUUAAUAUCUAUUUUAACAUUUAUUGGAGUUCUAUAUAACAAGUUUUAA